AUGGCUGUGAGGGCGGCACGCGCGCGGCUCGACGCCGCGGAGCGCCAGGGGCGCGCGUUUGACCAGCAGCUCGAGCUCCUCGCCGCGGUCAAGGCGUACUUUGUGGAUCACCAGCGGGCGCAGGCCGCCGCCGCCGGCGCCCAGGCCGCCGCCGCGCCGCACCCGCAGCUGUGA